UCUCUAUUUACUUCUUCUCUAAAAAUGGUUUUGAGACAUUUCAUUGCUAUUAAGAUAGACCUUCCAAUCCUAAAAUUGUGUGUUUGUUUGUAUUAACAUGUARCUACGCUCCAGUUUGUAGACGGUGUUAUUCCGGUGACAGGGGUGCUCUUGUUGUGUUGUUUCCUGCCCACCUGGCGGACAGACAGUCGGUCCGGAUCCAGGCUGUGCUGSAGGAGGAGGCGGAGGAAGAGAAGGCGGACUUGUCUCUCCGUGUUUUCCCGCAGACCGCGGCCCAGCUGAGGUGACUGGCAGGACUUGUUUACUGGUGGAGAGGCUCGCAGAAAGAGAGACGGAAACGGGGAACCUGAGGGAAAGCGAGCUCCAAACGCAACGGGAAUCCAAGUUUUUCCACUUGCCCCCGUAUUUUUGAGUCUUUUUACUCGGAUUUACCUCCUAUUUUGUGGACUCUCUGACACGGGAUAUUCAUUUAGUGUGUUUGUGCGCUUUUUAAAAUUAUCUCCAACUCUACCGCCGACGCCGAAACCUCGUUUGUUUUGGAUUAGCCAGCUAACGUUAGCUACCCCCCCUCCAUCGUUGAGAGGAAAAAAAAAAAGCAUCGGAGCGGCGUGGUGGAGACUUUCCUCACUUCACUGGGCUAAACAAGGACAUUUUCCUGUCUUGUUUUCCUCCACUUCAGUCUUCAAGGUUUCUGAUUAAAAAGGUGACGCUCGUCUCGUCUGCUCCGUUUCCCCCCAGUUUGGUGUUUUUUUAUGGGUGUUAUUCGUUUGCGGCGCGGUGGUCAGCGGGGGUGAAGGAGUUCAGAGGAAGGUCGUAGUGUUGGGGAGAGAGAGAGAGAGAGAGAAAGAGAGAGAGAGGGGGGGAACUGCACGUUUUUCCUGCUGGGAGUUUCCUGGGAUGUACCUCCAUUGGUCUUAAAACGGGAGAGGACGAGAAGGAAGAAGCUGCAGCGGUGAUCCUGAAGACUUUUAACUUCAGCUGGAAAAUACUCCCUGUUACCUCAGUGGAAGAUACACASGACAGUGGACCAAAUUAGGGCACCUCCAAACUAAGGGAUAAUUAAAAAAUUUCCUGUAUUUAUUGGAGCAUCAACAUCAAACAGAUGAACGGGGACUGUCGCCUUCACUUAUGGAAAAUGAUUUUCACUCGCACAUGUGUUACCAGAACCCAAGAUCACAUAAUUUAGUUGUCUCUUUACGCAUAUAUACCAGGGCGCACAUCAAAAACUUGCCUGAGGAGGAAAAAUAACUUGAUAUCUGCUCUAAUAUAAACACCCCCCYRCCCBCCCCGAGGAUUGGAGUUUCAUUAAAACCUUCAGAGGGAGAGAGAGCACAACUUCAAUCAAAAUGAGGUGGUUGACGCUGAAGCUGCGAGCACAAUUGGUGUUUUUCAUCCUCUGUACCUGUGUUAUAUGCCAGUGUGGGCUAAUAAACGGUGAAAUUUGUCAGAGCAAGAAUAUCCGGAACAACGUGACCAACCUCCGGUCACUGGAGAACUGCACCAUCAUCGAGGGCCACCUGAAGAUCCUGCUCAUGUUUGGGGCCAAGUCCGCCGACUUCCAGGGCCUCAGCUUCCCAAAGCUGCGAGUGGUCACCGACUACGUCCUCCUGUUCAGGGUCUACGGCCUGGAGACCCUCAGCGACCUCUUCCCAAACUUGACGGUGAUCCGAGGCAACAACCUGUUCUUCAACUACGCCCUGGUGAUUUACGAAAUGCUGCAGCUGAAGGAGGUGGGCCUGCACAGCCUCAUGAAUAUCACCCGGGGCGCCGUGAGGAUAGAGAAGAACCCAGACCUGUGCUACCUGGCCACCCUGGAUUGGUCCAUGAUCCUGGACUCGGUGGAGGACAACUUCAUCGUGGCCAAUAAGAACGAGCGAGAGUGUGGAGACGUGUGUCCCGGCACGGCGCAGGGCCAGACCCUCUGCACCCAGACCACCAUCAACGGCCACUUCCGGGGCAGAUGCUGGUCGCAGACCUAUUGUCAGACAACAUGCGAUAACUGUAAAAAUGGCGCAUGCAGCCRUCAGGGCCAGUGCUGCCACGACCAGUGCCUGGGUGGCUGCUCGGAGCCGGGGAACGCCACCAGCUGUGUGGCCUGCAGGAACCUGCAGCAUGGAAACAUCUGYGUGGACAAAUGCCCUCCUGGAUACUACGUCUUCCAAGGCUGGCGCUGUGUCAGCUUCUCUUUCUGCCAGGACCUUCACAACCAGUGUAAGAAAUCUAAAAACCUGGAUGCCAACUGCCAUGAGUACGUCAUCCACAACGGCGCCUGCAUUCAGGAGUGUCCUUCUGGAUACAGCAGCAACUCCACUACGCUGACCUGUGAACCUUGCGCGGGCCCCUGUCCUAAAGCAUGCCAGGGAAAUAAAACGAUUGACUCUGUAACUUCGGCCCAGGCGCUAAGAGGAUGCACCGUCAUCGAGGGCAACAUGGUCAUCAAGAUCCGAGGAGGAACGAACAUMGCGGCCGAGCUGGAGGCCAGCCUUGGACAGAUCGAGGUCAUCAAAGGUUACCUGAGUAUUCGCAGAGCCUACGCGUUGGUCUCCCUCUCCUUCCUGCGAAAGCUACAUACCAUUAAGGGAGAGCAACUUGAAGCAGAUAGCUACGCCUUUUACGCGCUCGACAACCAGAACCUCCGCCAGCUGUGGGAUUGGUCCAAGCACAACCUGACGAUUGAGCGAGGCCGCACGUUCUUCCACUUCAACUCUAAGCUCUGCAUGUCGGAAAUCAGAAAGCUGGAGGAGGUGACGGGAACCAAGGAGCGCAACCAGAAGAACGACAUUGCAGCUCGCACCAACGGAGACCAGGCCUCCUGUGAGAUGCAGCUGCUGAACUUCACGUCUGUCAAGGUCAGGUACAACAUGAUCAUCCUGAAGUGGAAUUCGUUUUGGCCGUCGGACUACAGAGACCUGCUGGGAUUUAUGGUUCUCUACAAAGAGGCCCCGUACAAGAAUGUGACGGAGUUCGACGGACAGGAUGCGUGCGGCUCAAACAGCUGGGUGAUUGCUGACGUUGACCCGCCGCCCCGCGCCAACCAGGAAGAUCCAGGCUACCUCAUCCGGUCGUUGAAACCCUGGACCCAGUAUGCCAUCAUGGUGAGAACCCAGCUGUCUGCGUCCGACGAGCAUCAGGUUCAUGGAGCCAAGAGUAACAUCAUGUAUGUUCGCACGGACGCCUCAAAGCCCUCUGGACCUCUGGACCCCAUCUCAUCCUCGAACUCCUCAUCUCAGAUCAUCUUGAAGUGGAAGCCUCCCACCAGCCCCAACGGCAACAUCACCCACUAUCGGGUCAUCUGUCACAAGCAGGAGGAGGACAGUGACCUCUACAAGUUUGACUACUGCCUGCAAGGAAUGAAGCUGCCGUCCCGCACCCCGACCCACCUCGACAGCGAAGACGAGCAGAAGUGGAACCGAACAGAGGAGCCCAACUCGGGGGGCGGGUGCUGCACUUGCCCAAAGACGAAAAUGGAGAUCGAGAAGCAGCAGAAGGAGAUAGCGUACCGCAAGACCUUUGAGGAUUACCUCCAUAAUGUCGUGUUUGAGAGCAAACAAAGUCGUCCACGACGCUCUGUGGAGAAUCCUGAGCCCGUCGACUCCACUCACUUUUACUCCACAAUGUCCAGUCUGCAAACCACCACUGCCUCGUACAAGGAAGAAGAGAAGGACGAUAAGGUGGUGGAAAAUGUGUUUGGAAGGGAGUCAACGGUCAUAUCCAACCUGCAGCACUUCACCAGCUAUAAGAUAGAGAUCAUAGCCUGCAACCAUCCYRCUGACACCAGCCGCUGCAGCAUGGCCACCUACGUCAGCGCCCGGACCAUGCCGGAGUUAAAAGCAGACGACAUCCCGGGCCCGGUGACCCAUGAGAUUAUGAACGAAGAACCUCCCCAUGUGCUUGUGAAGUGGCACGAGCCUCCAUCGCCUAACGGCCUCAUCAUCCUUUAUGAGGUGUUCUACCGCAAGGUUGGAGACACGGAGCCCCACUCAAUUUGCGUGUCACGGCUGAGCUACGAGAAGUUCGGUGGCACAAAGCUCACCCUGCUGCAGCCUGGGAACUACAGCGUGGUCGUCCGGGCUACGUCGUUGGCUGGAAACGGAUCUUUUACAGAAACCACAUACUUCUUCAUGCCCAGCCCUGAUUCAGGCAUAGCUUUGAUUGUUUCCGCUCCAAUCGUCUCCUCCAUCUUGCUGGUGUUCGUGGGAGUCAUCGCCUUUUAUGUCUUCAAGAAAAAGCAAACUGAAGGUCCAUUAGGAGAUCUCAUCACCUCACCAAAUCCUGAAUAUUUCAGCGCCAAUGACAUGUAUGUUCCCGACGAGUGGGAGGUUCCCCGGGAGAAGAUCACGCUGCUCCGGGAGCUGGCUACAGGAGGAGGCGGAUGA